AUGAUCCGCGAGGUGCUUGGUUUCCAUGCUGAGGUCGAUCCUACAGUGGGUGGGAAUGGAGCUUCUCCAGUCUUCGCUUUGGCAGGAUGUACCGACUUCAACGACAAAGACAACAGGGUCUGCGGCGUCCAAGAAACGACGAUCCAUGUGAGCGUGGACUCUUGGAUUGGAAGCUAUGCUUCCACUCAGAAUCAGUUCGCCAAGGAGUAUCCAAGACUUGCGGCGGAGGAUUUAGGAAGCAUGGGGUAUGCAGGAGAAGAAUCCAUGUAUGUAAGCCGAGCGAUUCUCCAAGCUGCCUACAGCGAAUCGGGUCUCGCCCUGGAUUUCUACAAGAGCUACAACACGACGCAUCAUGAUCCGAAGAAAUACUUCGACUCCAUUCAUGGUGUGGACCUGUCAGAAUUGGCCAAGUGCAAUGAGACGGAUAUGAGCAAUCCGAGUCGAAUGGGAGACUAUGCCCGAUAUUCAGGUGACUAUGACGGGGUUGUAAACCAAACAGAUGGUUCAUUUGCUGCUAAGUGUGAUGCAAACAACCGCUGGUGGUUUGCUCCCGCAUGUCGUCACAAUUCCUCAGCAUGUAUCCCUGUCUUCACGGCCGGGACCGGUUGGAAGGUGCAGGCCAUGAUGCAGUGGUCAACUGCAUAUGGAAUUCCAGCUGCCAUUGCAGUCUCGGGCGGGUGGUCUUUGUUCGUGAAGCACGUGCAGACUUUCCGAGCUCUUCACUACUGGUGGGUUCCAGAUUCGACCUUCAUCGACAUGUUGCCCGAGCAGUUGAUUUUUGCCCGGCACAGUGCCAACGAAUGGCUCGCUGGAGACAAGAAGACCGGAGGCCUUGGAAGCUAUGUGUCCAAGAUGGUGAGCAACAACUUACGGUCCAAGGCUGGCAGAGUGCGAGAGUUUCUCUGCAGUUUUUUGCCUGGCAAUGUUUUCGAUGUCAGCCAUUUUUUAUAA